UGCCGUUAUUAGAAAUAGAAAUAUAAUAGGAAACUGUACUGUACUGUAAUAGGGUACUAGUUUGGCUAGUGAAAACUUCGGACUAUUUCUCAUUUUUAAUUACAUUUUUUAAUAGUUUAAUAGCUCGGAUCGUGAACGUCACCGCACGUUGGCUGUUUAAACGAGAUACGCUGCGAAAAUAAUCAAACGCACAUUGGCGUUUUUCUUCCGUCUUUCUGACCAAUCAGAAGAGACAACUGCGAUGUAAAUAAGGAAGCAGCUUGUGCAACCGAGAAAAUAUGGGCCGUGAUAUCACCCUUUUACGUGCGGAAGAACAAGUUUCGUUUUGAAGAAACGGUAGGUCAUAAGCUGGUCUUCAAAAAUAAAAAAUAAAAAUAAAAAACAGACAAAAAAAAACAACACAUUAUCAGGUACAGAUUUUCUGUACACCUCUGUUUUUACCGAUCAGUUAUUAAUACGGUGGCUGAAGAAUGGAGGAGCAACACAAGAACAUUCUUCAACAAAACAGGAUCAGUUUAGUGAUGGAUAUGGAUCCUUCGGUCCUCUAUGAGCCCCUUCUUAAAAAGGAAGUUUUCACCCGGGACAUGAUUGACGCGAUAAAGAGCUCGGGGACCAGACGGGACCAGGCCAGACAGUUAGUCCGGGACUUAGAGGCCCGAGGGGAUCGAGCCUUUCCGCUGUUCCUGGAGAGCCUGCGUGAAUCGGGUCAGCAGGGUUUGAUGGAAACUCUGCUCAACCGGGCUCCACCAGUUCAAGUUCAGCCUGCAGCACCCAUAGCGGUCCGCCCUGUUGUGCUGCCUCUGCCCAUCCCCUCUCCUAUGGAUGUUAAUAAACAAAGCAAAUAUAUUGUCCCCAUCUGUCCCGUAGAGAGGGCCAAUAAGUCUUCCAGUCCAACACCUGACGAGAAGUACUUUAAACCAAGGCCAGAAGGCAGGAUACGCCGAGAUAGUCUUCAGUGCUAUAAAAUGGAUUCCAGUCCAUGUGGUUGUUGCCUCAUCAUAAACAAUGCAGACUUUGAGCCUCAAAGUAACCUCAGCAAUCGCAAAGGCUCCAACGUAGACAGUGAAAAGCUGGAGGGAAGAUUCUUAGCACUCAACUUUGCUGUGGAAGUCAAGACAAAUCUGAAGCAAAGACAACUCAAACACGAACUGUCAGCUUUGUCCAAAAAGGACCACUCUCAAUAUGACUGCUGUGUGGUUAUCAUCCUCUCCCAUGGGACUGAGGUGAAUCAUAGUCGUUUCCCUGGCGCUGUGUAUGGUACAGACGGCUCUCACAUCACAGUUCAGUACAUCACAAAUUUAUUCAACGGAAAGAACUGCCCUUCUUUGCAAGGAAAACCCAAGCUGUUCUUCAUUCAGGCCUGUGGUGGAGAUGAAAGAGACAUGGGAGUUGAGAUGUCUCCUACGGAGACUUGCCCAUCGGUGGGUGGGCAAGACGACCAGACAGACGCCAUCCAGACGUCGUCCAGCAGCGAGUCUCUCAGCCUGGCUGACGAGGUGGAUGCCAGAACAUCACUGCCCACCCCAAGUGACAUCUUGGUGUCCUACUCUACCUUCCCUGGUUUCGUUUCCUGGAGAGACACUCAGGCAGGUUCUUGGUACAUAGAAACACUGGACCGCAUCCUUGAGCUGAACGCAGAAACUGAUGACUUGGCCACCAUGCUGAUGAUGGUAAACAACGAAGUCUCCCAAAACAGUGCAAAAGGGAUGUACAAGCAGAUGCCCGGCUCCUUUAACUUCCUUCGAAAACAUCUCUACUUUCAAACCUCUGCAUAGUGGAAGACUGUUCCUCUGCUGAACAUAUUUGACUAGUUAAUUGUAAAAUGUGGGAAUUUUUUUUAUCAAUUUUGUAUCUGUUGUUGGAAAUGAUGGCUCAAUGUGGAUAUUUUUAACUGUUGCUUAGAUUUAUACAUGAACUUCCUGGAUAUAAUGUAGUGGCAAUUCUACUAAAAAUAUGAAUUUCUACUGUAGAAGUUUUACUUUGAGUCGAUUUAUUAGUAGGGAUUUUGUUGAUGUAUAAGCCAAGAAAAGAAAUGAAUCCACAAUCUCAUACUGUACAUUAGGUUUAAAAUAACGUUUUACUUCUGCUCUUCAGUAACUUAAAAAACACCAUCUCUACUUUGUUCAUUUAUCUCUCGUUAUUGUGUGAUCGGUUGUACUUGUAUACAAACGUGAAUGUCCACAGUUUGAAAGAAAAUGGUAGAAAAAAGAGAGAGCAUCUUUUGAGAGUUUGGAGAACAGUUUGGGUCAAGACCAAAGAGCUGUGAAGGUCUGUAAAUCAACUGCUCUCUCAAAUAAAGUCUCAUCUACCUCUACAGGCCUCAGGUUCCUUUUAAUCAUACAUGUUCUCUUUCUGCUGUGGAUUGUCCAUGUUUCUCCAUUGUUCUCACAUAUUUUCAACUUCUGUAAGUUUGCCUUUGCUCUUUUCAGCUGAUGUGGUGAACGAUGGGCAAUUUACAAACUAUCCCUUGCAUAGAUAGCAUCACUUCCAGUUAUAUAAAGCACCUUUUACUAUUAA